AUGGGAAAAAACUUCACAUUAGUAACCAGUCUUCUUCUUUUCUCCUUCCUCUUCUCAGGUACAACGGCUAGUCAUCCAAUAGAAGAAGAAAAAGAUAUAACCACACCAUUAGCCACAAACCCAACCACCACCACAACAACCGUUGUCCCUAACUCCGACUCUGACGCUUCGGCCGUGGCCACAACGCCACUAGCCAUUCCAUCACCACCACGCGGUGGAGCCAACCCGGGCCAAAGCUGGUGCGUCGCGAGAGAAAACGUUGCAAAAAUGGCGUUACAAGCGGCUUUAGACUACGCGUGCGGGAUUGGUGGAGCAGACUGCUCGGAGAUCCAAGAAGGAGGAAAGUGUUAUAACCCUAACUCGUUGAGAGAACAUGCCUCUUUUGCAUUUAACAGUUAUUACCAGAAGAAUCCAAUCCCUAGUAGUUGCAACUUUGGUGGAACUGCUGUCACUAUCAGUGGUGACCCAAGUGUAGGAUCAUGCCACUUUCCGUCUACAAGCACGAGUGAAUCGAUAUUGAACAUAACAAGUGAAGAUGGAUUAGGGCUUUUUGGUAGAAUACCAUCUCACCCAACUCCCAAACCCGAAGCUUCAAGCUCCUCUCCUCAGUUCUCUCAUUUCUCUACUUUUAUUCUCUGUCUUCUUUGCCUUUGUUUUUAUAUCCCCUCUUUAAUUAUGAGCUUAAUUUAG